CGUCAUCCACAACAAAAAAGAGAAGAAUAAGCCUUGUAACGAAUUUGGCAAUUUAAUUCAUGUUUGUACGUUUCAAUGAACUAAUGUGAGUUCUUUUUAAGGUUUUGUUCAAGGUUUCUGAAUAAAAGUAAGAUGCAAGCCCUAAAUAAGGCAGAGUUAGGCGUUUCUUUAUUCUUCGCUUCAACCUAUGCUAAUGACAAGUGUGGUGCUAAUGGAUUACCUCUAACGCCUAACUCCAUUAAGAUUUUGGGAAGGUUUCAAAAACUGAAGACCAUCUCUCACCCAAGGCUCUGUCAAUAUGUGGAUAUGGUACGUGGGAAACACGAGAGACUAAUGGUGGUACAGGAAUACUACAAUAGAAGUCUAGAAUCAGAAAGACAAGCAGGCAUCAUACGAAGUUGCAGUGAAAUGCUACAGAUAGCAUAUGAAAUACUACAAGGCCUUAAAUACAUGAAUAAACAUAACAUAGUUCAUAGAACACUGUCUCCGUCUAAUAUAUUCUUAGAUCCAGAGGGCCAUGUCAAGUUGUCUUCAUUUGGUAGGUAUUAUAUGACAGAUGGAGGGGCUGAUGUCACAUUUCCAAUUGGCUACCCAAGAUUCAUGGCUCCUGAAGUGAUUGGAUUGGGGCCAGUGCAAAUCACAGACUAUCACAUGCUAGCACCGAUACCCUCCAACCAGAAUAUGUCUGGUCCCAAAGUAGACGUCUGGUCCUUGGGAAUGAUACUUCUGGAGCUUUAUCUAGAUCAGACUCUCUGGUCUUCUUAUACAUUGCCACAGACAUUUGCAAAGAUAAUGUUUUUAGCCAAGCACAGUAAGGACGAGCACCCACUGGAUGUGUUGAUCAGAGAACACAAUGCAUUGAAUAAACUACAUAAAAUGCCAGGAAAUUUACAAACUUUAAUCCGACAUUGUUUGAUUGUAUCACCUCAUAAAAG